AUGCUCAAGCGCAUCGUCAUGGGGAAAGACCAAGCGGCGCCCGCCGGGGCCUCCUACAGCAACACCCGCAGCGGCGCCAGCAGCGGUGCCAGGGAACUGACUGUCCACACCACGUCGGUUCUGGGUGCCGUCGCUAGCGCCGCCGCAGGUGUCGUCAAGUCGCACCUCCUGCCCUCCGCUGUCACGACUUUAGCCAAGCUCAACAGCGGUCCUCUCGGUGGCGCAAGGCCGGCCAUCAUGACUGCCGCGGCGACGGAGACGCUGACGGCGACGGUGCCGGCGUCCGUGUUGAGCCCGACCUCGUCGACGCCCACUAGGCCUGCCGCCGCCGCGUGCAAGGCGACGGACAUCACCACCACCGAUGUGACCCCGCUGCGGAUGCCGUCUCCGGGGGCAAAGUCGACGGCCGCCCCUUCCCGCGGAAGGUCCACCUCUCCCCGGGCGCGCGGCGGGCGCCCGUCGUCCCCGCGCCGGUCGCCGCGAACACUCUCCCGCUCCCCAUCUCCACAAUGCUUGGGUACAGCCGUGCGCGCGGCAGCGGUGGAUGCUUCUUCUCCGUCCGCUGCUGCUCGGCCGGCCGUCUCGAGGGUGGGCAGGGAUUUCAGCUCUGCCGCCGCGGCGAAGGGUGUCAAAGCUCCCAAGCAGGGGUCAGGGUACGCAGGCACCCUGGGCGUUUCGGGCACGCCCCCGCUCACCCCGGCAUCUCCCGUGCCGUCUCCUGCUGCCGCCAUCUCCGAGGUCUGGAGCUCGAACACCGUCUCCUUCUUCGGAACGAGCUACGGCCGCGACGACGACGGCGUGGAUCUCUCGCGGGAGGUUGAUGAGCAUGCCUUCUCCACCGCCAACACGCCGUACCCUCAACAACGGAACUGUGCCCCGCCCAUCGAGCAGAGAAACAUCCAGCCGGUCCGGGGAUCUGGGGUCGAUACCUCCAUCAACCAGACCAAGCUCGUUGCCUCGGUCGACGCCGGCCAGAGAGCGGACACGGCCACCGCGGCUGCGCCGGUGGGGAAAGGAAGCGACGACUGCGACGACACGAAGCGGACAAGGAUAGACGUCUUGUCCGGGGAUAUCCGCUCCAUCGUCAAGGGGUCCGAGCGCGGUCAAAUCAGGGCCGCGUUCAUCGGCAACAUGCGCCAACGCCAGGCGGCGACGGUGGGAGAAGGCUGCGCGCUGGUGCAGGCGGCCCGCGUCGCUCUCGGCGGCGGCGGGGGCGGCAUCGGGGCGAGCUCGUCACUGUAUGAGAGCGGUGUGAUUGGGGAGGGAUCGUUCGGCAUCGUCAAGGGUGCCACCCACAGCUUUCUGCCGGGAGAGUUCGCGGUGAAGAAGCUUAAGGAGGUGAGAGGCCCCGCGGCGCGUGCGGGAAGGUUGGUACAGGGCGGGGGAAGCUGGCUCUUGAUACACCACUUCUUUGCGAGCAGGCUGGGGAGGGGGGGGCGGUGUACUAAUGUAAACGCACCCCUUCGCCCCUGCCUCGCGAACAACCCCCACCCGAACAUCAUCGGGGCCGUCGCGAUCGACGACCAGGCAGCGGCUGUGGGCAUGCCGAUCCUUUUACCCAGUGCGAACGGCAACUCCGAGCAAGGGCUCAAUGAUGGGGACCGGAGUAUGCCACAGAAGCUGACGUAUGUGUGCGUGUGUGUGUGCCAAUACCGGCGAGCGUUGCGGAUCUUGCUCGGUCGGAGGCGUGUCGAUGUGAAAUACCCCCCCACCUGCCCCCUCCACCCAGAGGCAGUCCGGAAGGGAGUAAGAGUAGGGGGCACGGAAACUUCGGUGUCAGGAAUGCUGUCUGCGGAUGAUUUUGUCGGUAUGUCGGACACCCCUGAGGGACUGCAACUGCAAGUUGACGCGGCGAAGAAGUUCACUGAUAAGCGGAGAUUAUCUGCCAACGUUAAGAAGAGCGCCGUCAUGGUAUGCAACGAGAAGGAGGAGGAACCAGUAGAACAUGGAUGGAAGUGGGGGAUCGAGGAGAUUGCAGUAGUGGACCAGUACACAUACCUCGGAGUAGAGAUCGCAAAGGACUGCUCGUGGAAUCCACACAUGUCCAAGGUAGCGGAGAAGGGCAAAGCACGAGCAGGGAAGCUGCACCCAAUGCUCACAAACCGGCACCUCGAUACAUGCAUCAAAUUGACGGUUUUGAAGAGCGUAAUCGUACCGCCGCUAGAGUACGCCGGAGAAGGCAGCAUUGGGGAUCCAAUCACUACGGUCGGGAAGAGACGCGAGGAAGCUGACAUGGCAGUAUCGCAUGUGCGGGAUGGCAUGUGCGGGAUUGGAGAGGAGAGGUUGCCGAGAAUUGCAUGGGAGGCGAACUGGGCAAACAAAAAAAGGGGUAGACAACCCACGGAAUGGGUCAAGGUUGUAGAGGACGUAUGGAAGGGGCUCGACAUCGACGAAGAUGAAACGCUGGGAACGGAGGGUCUAAAGGGGUUCAAGGAGAAGAUAUCUGUUGCUUGUGCCGAGAGAGAAGAACAGAAUNCGGUAGCUGUAGUGGGGCAUAGGAGGUGGGUUGAAAAGGCGGGAAGGGAUAUCGUUAGGAUAGACAGACUAGGGAAGACAUUUUUGAGCCGCCUUUGGUUCCUCCAACGUCAGAAAGUGAUGAAAUAUCUUUACUGCUGUGCAAGCACCUCGCACUCCUCACCCUCGCGCGUGUGUGCGGCCCGCUGUUGUGUUGUCCCUCCUAGGCUCGCCGAGAGCCCCCACCCGAACGUCAUCGGGGCCAUUGCGAUCGACGACCGCGAAGCGGCCGUGGGCAUGCCCAUCCUUCUGCCGAGGGCACACGGCGACUUCGGCCAAGUGCUCAAUGACGGUGACUGGAGCAUGACGCAGAAGCUCAGCUGCCUGCAGCAGGUCACCUCCGGCGUGCGACACAUGCACCAGGCAGGCAUCGGCCACGGGGACCUCACGUCGCCGAACAUUCUGCUGGUCGACGACGGGGACGGGGAAUGCGUGCCCAAGAUCUCCGACUUCGGUCUUGCCCGAGCGCUGGGAGAGAUGCGGCCGAAGAUGAUGGGAACUCUCGGGAGCAUGCCGCUGGAGGUGAUGCAGGCAUCGGUACGAACAUCCGAGAGCCAGGACGCGUUCGCGAUGGGUGUGAUGGCCUUCACCGUCUGCGUGACCCCCGAAAAGGUGCAGGCGAACAUGUUCAUCUCGCCGUACCUUUUCACUGCUGCGGAGGCGAAGGCCAAGAAGGCGCUGGAGGCGAAGGGGACCGGUCCGUUCGCCAUGGCAGAGAGAGAUCUCUUCGAGCGAAAAGUGAUGGAGAGGACGAUGUCGACAAGAGCCUUCGAGGCGCUCUUGACGGUCGACAAUCUGCACCCGGACCUGGGCUCGGCUCGCGUGAGGGGCAUGGUGUCCUGCUACCUCUCCGCAUUCUUGGCCACCGACCUGGACGACCGCGGAGACAUGGCCUCCUUCGAGAAGGUGACGGGAGACAUGAUCGAGAUGGUCGAAGCUCAAGAAGGGACCAACGACGACGAGGAAGGAGACGGGUCCGAGUCUGAGGCGCAGAAGGCGUGA